CAUCACUUCAGAUUUUUCUUUCUCGUUCUGCUUAGAAAUUUGUUUGCAAACAUGUCGAUCCCAACAUUUACCGUUGAUGCGAGUCUCAGGGAAGCUUUGACAGAGCUAGAUAGAGAGUUUUUGGGCAUCGAAGUGGAGAUUGCCGAGUCAAGUGAUGAUUCUGACAGGGAGUUGUCGUUGGAGUUGUCAGAACUAUCCUCUUCCUCUGAUGAAGACGGCGAUGAUCGGGAAGACCACUUUUUGGACGAGUCACUCGAUGUGGAUGCAGUUGCAGCAUCAUACCUCGGCGAAGAGUCAGCGCAGGCUGCAGAACCAGCGCAGGCUGCAGAACCAGCGCUUGCUGAGGCGGCAGCUGCGGAAGAAAUAACUGUGAACUGCGGGUGCAGCAAAAAGUGCUUGGACAAGUUUGAUGCAGAAGAUGUUCGACUGCUGCAGCUCAACAUCGCAGAAAUGGAGAAAGGGGAGAAGGAGCUGGUGAUUUUGGGCCUUCUUGAGUCAUCCAAGUACUCUACUGACACCACGACUCAUGGGAAGAAGAGAAAGAAGCAAUGGCAUCGGUAUACUUACCAAGGCGAAGAGGUUUGCGCCGGUGGAUUUCGAUUGCUGUACAACAUCGGAUCGAAGCAACUAAAAAAUCUGAAAAAACACUUGGAGGAGAAUGGGCUGGUGCCACGGACCCAUGGCAAUGUCGGCAGGAAGCCUAAACAUGCUUUGUCGUACGAUACUGUGUCUGCCGUUGUGCAAUUUCUAAAAACUUACACUGAGCGCUUCGGCAUACCACAGCCAGCACCGACUCGAGGGCGAGCUGGAGCACCGCCAACUUAUCUGCCAGCGUCAUCAACGGUUAAAUCCAUCCACAAGUGCUAUGUGACCUCAUUAGAGGAAUCAGGCAUCAGGGCUGUGGGCUACCACACAUUUCGGUCCGUUUGGCUUGACUGCUUGCCAAACAUUCAGAUUAUGACGCCGCGCACUGACGUAUGCUCGCGCUGUGAGAAUUUCCGCCGACGGAUUCAGGAAGCACGGACGGAACCCGAGAAGAGUGCAGCAUGCGAUGAAUUCAAACAACACCUCGACGCAACGCAAGCAGAGCGUGACUACUACCGUCAAGCGACACUACAGGCCCGGGCAGAGCUUGAUGCAUGUACGACUAUCCAGCAGCAGCUGAGCCAGCCAUGUUCACGCGAUCUGCACCACCCGCACUACACGUUCGACUUUGCCCAGAACGUGGCACUGCCGCAGUCGGCACGUCAGGAGGGCCCCCUGUACUUUAAGGCACCUCGUAAGGUGCAAAUAUUUGGUGUGAACAAUGAAGCUGUGCCUCAGCAGGUCAACUACCUGAUCGACGAGUCAGACACCAUCGGGCAAGACGGCAAGUCGAGUCAUGGUCCGAACGCGGUGGCCUCCAUGCUGCACCAUUUUUUUUCAUUCUAUGGACUACAUGAGAAAGGCUGCCUCCUGCACUGUGAUAAUUGCGCAGGCCAGAACAAGAAUCGGACUAUCGUAGCGUAUUUCUGCUGGAGGGUGAUUAUGGGACUGCAUGACCGUAUUGAACUGUCCUUCAUGUUGACUGGCCAUACCCGGUGCCUUGUCGAUGGCUGCUUUGGCCUGCUGAAGCAAAAGUUCCGGCGUAGCGACUGCUACACCAUGGGGCAGCUGGUGGCAGUGGUCAAUGAAAGCGCAUCUUGCAACAAGGCCCAGCUGAUUCCUGGAUCUGGUUUGGAAUGGAGAGCCUGGGAUACAUUUCUGGCUCAACAUUUCAAGCCAGUGAAAGGAAUCCGCAAGGUUCAGCACAUGGUAUUCGACGCAGCUAAGCCCGGUAUUGUCAGUGUCAAGGCAUCCCUGGAAGACACCUACAGCGAUGUGGAGGUGCUCACCACGUCUAAAGACGCCCUUGUUGCCGCAGGGAUGCCCCCAGUCCUUCAAGCACCAGGACUAUCCGAACAACGACAGCAAUACCUCUAUAAUCAGAUCCGCCCGCAUGUGCCUGACCAAUUCCAGGAUGAGCUCUGCCCGAAGCCAGCUGUGCAUGUGUCUGCUAGUGCCGCUACUAGUGCUUCUCCGGUGGAGGAGUAAUGUAACAGACUCUGCUACCUCACGGCUACUUCAAAACUUUUUUAAUGCCAAAUUGCUGCUGGUUGUAUAUUUUCUUGCUGUAUUUUUAAUGUCUCGGGACGUGGACUUGCUCCAUCUUUGUGUGUUUGAUGGUGGUGGCAUGCCAGUAUUACCUUGUACAGUUUUUCCUCUUGGCCCAGUCAAAUGUCAGUGUCAAUUGCCAGUAACUACAGGCUGUGUGCAGGCUCAAACAUUCCCAUACAUUUCGUGUCGAUAAGUCCUCAAAGUUUUGUAUGAUCCUGUUCUUCGUAUGGCUGCAAAAUAUCUGAAAAGACACUUAGAAGAUUGACCGUAGCUUUGUCAAAAAUUGAGAUAAUUCAGCUCUGUUUUUUGCAUCGUUUUCUGCAUGAAACCAGCUUUCUUCUGAUGUUUAGAGCUCGGUUUGAGUAAAAAAAGCCAUUUGGUCCCUUUUCUCA